UUAUUCUUGAGGGACGUGACGCAACAACGCUUUGGCCGUCGACCGAUAAGAGAUGGGGGAGUGGCAAUAUACCAGCUAUAAAACGCGUCGAUGAAAUACUUGGGAACGCCACUCCUGGAAAGAUCACCGCCCCGGAAAGGUUCACUUACCCGGUCAAGAUGAAGCCCGUGUCACUUUUCCUGUUGGCCGUUUGUCUGCUCGCGGUUCAGGCCGAAGAUCUCGCUGGACGAACCUUCGACUUCGGGCAGAUCCACCCGGCACUACAGCACGCCCAUCAUGGCCACGGCAUGUCGUCCCAGCCUCAGGGGCACUUCAAUCAUGUUCUGCCGGCGCACCAUGGUUCCCACACUGGGCACGCUCACGGGCACGCACAUCAAGGACAGGGUCAGCAUGUUCACCAGCACCAAUUUGUUCAUGGGCAUCAGCACAACCAUCGGCAGUCUCCGGCGCUCAAUCCCGCAACUGUGCCCGGUGCGUCAAACGUGAGCACGGUCCCAGUCCUCAUGUGCCGCGUCGUCAAGGUUCCUGUGAAUACCACGUUACCCACUUCGCCGCAGAAGUCAGAAUCCAGCUCAUCUGGGACCCAUCAUGUCGGCAGUCAUAUCGCUACUUCCAUUAGUCACAUUAGUCAGGUCUUCGGUAGGGUCGUCAAUCCUGUGGUGGCCCUCUUGCAGAACGCAUCGGUUUGGCUGAACCGGACCGCUCACGGAGACGACAGUGCCGCUGCUCAUCACCACCAGCACCAGUCUGCUGAUCAUCAUUCACUGGUCCUCAAGAAGAAACUGCAGGUCAUCGGCCCCAUAAGUCGUCAACAGAAGGGCCAUGCUUCGGUUCCAACUCGUCCAUCUCUUGUUACUGAUGCUCCCACAAAACCCAGCCCGGCACCUGCAGUUACCACCACUGUUCCGAAGGCGACAAGUCGCUCCCGCCUAACAACGGCACCGCGCUUUGUUCCGGCAGCCAUUACCACCGUCGGUGUCGCGGCACCUACACUAGGGGGACCGGUUCCGCGCGCUGGCACCUUUCCUGUCUGGGCUAACACUAUCACUUCGACCAUUGUACCUGCUUCCCUCCCUGCAGACGUCUCCUCGGUAACCCAUGUGUCCACCCAGGUUCCUGAUUCUACCACGGCGUCCGUGGAACGCACCUUGACAUCUACUCGUGCCACCUUGCCUACCGUGACUCCGACAGGCGUUGCUGUUCCCGCCACCGCUGCCCCAACUUCGCUGGACUUCCGCGCCAACCCCUUCACGGCCACCACAACCUGGACUGAACUACCUGCUUCUAUUCCUGCAGAUGCCACGUCAACCACGGACGUCGCAUUCGAAAAAACGCAGGUAUUCCACGGAAGUACGGUCGUAACUUCUGAAGGUGCGGAGCCUGCUGCCUUCCCAGACUCAACUAGCACUGUUCUCACCACAACUCUGGGUUCCCCGGAUCCGCGUGCUGGGCUCUUCACUGUCCUGGUUACGUCACCAGAAGCGUCCACUCCUGGCCUUCCUGACCACGAGCAGGCAAACAUAACCAUCGCAGCCCCGGCUUCUACCAGCGCCCUUGCGACAGCUUCCUUUGAGCCUCGUGCAGAGACUGUGAUUACCUCAACACCCGAAGCGCCUACGCUUCCGGUGAACGCGGAUGCCCCUUCAGUGCUGUUCGCCCAGACCACUAUGGCUCCGGGCAUGGACACCACUUCUGCCCAGGCGUCUACAGUGGUUCAAGCUGUCCCUCUCGCUACAAGGGCACCAUUGGCGGUGGCUACGGCGGCAGACGUCACCACUGGCCCAGUGACUCUCUCUACUACCCCGGUUCCGGCCGCGGUGCUUUCCACGACCCCGUCUCCUACUUCCUCGCAGGUUGCGAGCUUUACGGUCUUGGGUGUCCGCUCUGUCCGCCCGAAAACUCGCUGAACCACGGUCUUUCCAGUAGUAAUAUCAGCGAUAAUGUAAUGUGAUUCUUGUAAAUAGCAUGCUUAUUCGCGCUUGUUCGCCCUAUUUUAAGGAUUUUUACCGUGCGCAUUUUGCAUGCAUGAGACUUGACCGGUGUCCCGAGAUUCAGCAAUAAAACACGG